AUUCCAGCCUUAGCUGCAUAACGGUUAAUAGCCGCAAGGAUAUCUACUGCAACAAAGAAGCAAAACAAAAACAAGCCAAAAGAAUCGAAAGGUAGCGAAUUCCACAUUCUCUCAGUUUCGAUCUACGGUAUAAAUAACUCAAACUGCAAAAUUCAAAAGAUCAAGCGACCAGCAACAGCCACAACAAUAUGACAGAUGUAUCCCAUGAGUUAGGAGCCCUGCGCUUUGUGGUGGACUCUCCAUUGUCCUCCAAGGUAGCAAUGUUCAACAAUCAGGCUACACAGCAUAAGCAAUCGCAGCUGCUGAAUCCAUUCUCACAAGAUGGACGUGCCUCAUCGCCCAAGCCGAGCUUCUCCAAGGAUCAAUAUGGUAAACCAUUGGCCGGCAGUCUUACUGAAAUGCGUGGUCAAAAGGCCAAUAUACAUGUUAUGAAGGAAAUGUUGGAACUAUGCCAAAUCAUUAAUUCCGAGGGCUACGAUGUCAAAGAUGAGCCGACCAUGCGAGUGAUCCCCUUCGGCGAGCUUUUCAACAUUUACAACUAUAUAUCAGACAAGGUUGUGGGUAUAUUGCUUCGUGCCCGCAAACACAAACUGGUCGACUUUGAGGGUGAAAUGUUGUAUCAGCGUCGCGAUGAUGAUGUACCCGUUUUUCUCUUAAAACCAAUUAAGGAGAUCCGAAAGGAAAUGGAUGCCAAAAUUGAGGAUAUUAAACGGGCUGCCAGUCCGGCACCACCGCAGUCUACAUCGGUGCUGCUGGAUCGAAGUGCCCACGAGCAGAAUUUAAAAGUUCAACAGGAGCAGCAGCGCCUAUCCAAGUCGCGGACACCAUCGCCGGCGGUCAAAUCCAAAAACAAAUCGAAAUCACCAUCGCCUGCUGGUACAUCUGCGGCUGGAAUUACAGCAACAACAACUGGUGGAAGUGGAAGUGGAGAGGGCAAACCACCAGUGGCUCCCGCAACCGUUGCCCCUGCUCCUAGUCCUACACCCACUACCGUUAUUGUUGCAACCGAAGAAACAACACCGAGUGCAGAGCCUACACCGGAAUUUCCCCCAGUGGUAGCAGACUCAGCUCCAAUUCCGGUAAAUGAGGCCAAGACCGAGCAAAGUCCUAAUCCAGAGCCCCAGGUCGAACAGACUCCCGUAGCUGAGCCCCAAUCAGAAGCAAAACCAGAAGCAGCUUCAUUACCCAACCCUAGUCCAACUUCAGCUCCAGAGCAAGUUUCUGAAGCACAGACAAGCGCUGAAUUGCCCACAAUUGUAAUUGAAGCCUCCGCUGUGUUUGUGCGCACAGUGAGUGUGGAUCCCGAAUCCUCUCCCGCCUCUAAUCCAGACACAACCACAGCUCCAGUUCCUGCCGAUAGUGCUUAAGGGUCGUUGUGGACGGAGGAAGAUUGGGCAUGGGAUUGUUUAAAGAGAACUCGCAACUAGUAAAGCAGCUGCUUUAAAUUUUUGUAGUAGUUUAUUUUAAAGCAAUUAGUUUAACUUACAAUUAGGACUUAUUUAUGUAACAAGGCAGAAGACAAACAAAAGCCGGCCAAAUACAAAUGGCGGCAAGUUAUAAAUCUAUAUACACAUAUACAUAUAUAUUUAUUUUAAUACAGCUCUAAGCAAACAGUAAAAUGCAAUAUAUGUAUAAACACAGUA